GAAUUGUUCGGCCACUCCUUUGUUGGCUCAAGAACUCUUUCCUCUGUUCGACUGUCCUCAGUUUGCAACAUGGCAUUUGCAGGGAAAUACCAGCUUGAGAGUCAGGAGAACUACGAUGAGUUCUUGGAAGCAACCGGGCUCCAGACGGCUAAGACGGACCACAAAGUGGUGACCGAGGUGGUCCAGGAUGGGGACAACUUCACCUGGACACAGAGCAUCCCCGGCUGGAGCUGGAGCAUCAAGUUCACGCUGGAUCAGGAGUGUGAGCUGGAGUCCAUGAAAGGCGUCAAAUUUAGGGGCACCGUAACCAUGAAAGAUGGAAAGAUCGCUCUGCAGUUUCCAGAAUAUUUCUUCACAGCAGAGAUGGCUGACGAUAAACUAAUAAUGAUUUGCGUAACUCCCGGAGAGAAGGGUGUGGCUUUCAAGAGAGUGAGCGGGAGGAUCUAGUGCUGCAGGUCCCUGGAAAAAGAAAAGAUGGGCAAUGCUUGCUCCUACCUCCGAACGCAAGAGAAGAAAUGUGAUCAUGUAGACUAAGCCACUGGUAGAUUAUCUGGCAGCGUCACUAAAUUGAGCCGGUCAUGAGUUUUGGGUUUCAUUUAGCAGAAGUGAUGAAAAUAAACAUCAUAUUGUUGUCAGAAAUUCCUCAGCUUCAGCGGGAUUUACUUAAACUAAUGGAAAGGAAAGGCACAACCUGCUUUCCAAGUCUGUUUCUGAUCAAUUCUUUACUUAUAUAAUCAGUCUUAUGUUUUAUCACAAUUUCAAUGUUGACUGUGUACACAUAGUUCACCUAUCUGUCUGAUAAGUAAAAGUAAAGAGCAUUCUCCAGAAGAUUUUCAUCUCAGUUGAUCUCUUUGUCACUUUGAUCACAGCACUGAUUGUGUCCCAAUAGUUUAUAUCAAUAAAAACACACUUUGACGCUAAGAUAGAUAACAUUGUGCAAAGUUUUUGUCUGUGAUGGGUUGUUACUUCUCUUGUAUUAUUUAAAAUUAAAGUAUUUCAAAGAAAUUCCCUAACAGUAAAAA